ACAGGCGACACAAUAUAAAGUUGCAGUUUUAUUAAGCAUGGGCUUGUUACAGAUAUGAUACAUGCCGAACUAAAAAGGUAAAUAACAUGAAUCUGGUUAUUUAUUUGUGUCCAGAUUGAGAUGUGUGAAUAGUUACUGAUAAUGAAAGAAACUUAAAAUCGGCAUGUUUGUGAACGGAGUUUGGAACGGAGUCCUUUCCGGAAUCUGUCGGGCAGCCCGUACUGCUGUUUGAUGUCUCCCAGCGAAAUGAGAUCCAACCCGUUCCACUGCACACCUCGGACUGCCUCAACCUGCUCACCGACAACAAACACGCUCGCCACGAGGACACGGGUUAUCAGUCGGUGUCAUCACCCGCAACGCGGCUCACCUGUGUGUCUCUGCCAAACACACCUUCGCCGACUUGUAACGCACCCAGGCUAUGAGGAGUGUGCGUAAUAUUUAACGUCAUGCACCCGGGUCGAAAAUACGUCCCCACGCGCUCCUCGGUCACGGAUGACUCUCCUUUAUCCGUGCAGGCUCUUCACAUCAACAAAUCCUCGGGUACACUCCGCGAGGUACCGGAGGCUACGUGGCCACCACACGGCGUCAAGAUGCGAAUCUCCAAGGCCAACAAGGGCGCGGUGGUGGUGAGAGCUGUCCGGCGGCACCCGCCGGCCUGGAGCGAGAGAGGGCAGCCGGAGGUGAAACCACCGGAGAGUUUACCGAGCCCCGAGAGGAGAAACGGCGAGGGAGAGGCUGCUGAGGGCGGGUUGGAAGGUCACGGAGGAGGACCACCGCGGAGCAGGAAGAAGGGGUUUAGACCCCCCGACGUGAGGACCAUCUUCUCCCCCGAAGAGAGGGACCCCAGGGUGAAGGAGGAGUCCGGGGAGGGACAUACCUUCGAGCCCGGCGGAGAGGACACCUGGUGUGAUGCCUGCUGCCAGUACAUCUUCCAGCAUGGUCUCACCUGCUCAGGUUGUAAAUAUUCGUGCCACGCUGCCUGUCGGGACCGAGUGUCACUGGACUGUCACCCUGCGGCUUCGCCCAUCAGUCAGGACCAGCUCAACAACAACACACAGCUUCAUGAUGUGGAGAAGGAGAGAGAGUUGCGGACGGAGUUCAGCAGGGAGGAAAUCAGGCACAAGAUCGAGCAGUACAACUCGCUGACCAAAGACCACCUGAAAAUGACACUGAGUUCCUCUGGUGCGUACACUGGUUUCAUCAAAGUCCAGAUGGACCUGAGGAGGCCGGUGACGGUACGGGGGGGUCAGAGAGGAGGAGCAGUGGCAGAGGAGGCCUUUUAUCUGCCCAGAGGAGUCACCAACACCCUCCACAUCAGCUCCAAUAACACAGUCAGACAGGUGAUCAUCGCUCUGUUGAACAAGUUCACGGUUGCUGACAACCCGGCCAAAUACGCCCUGUACAAACGCUACCACAGGGAAGAGCAGGUGUAUGUGUGUAAGCUGGCGGAUGGCGAGCAGCCGUUGUUUCUUCGUCUGGUGGCGGGACCCGACACUGACACGCUCAGCUUCGUCCUGAGAGAACAACAGACCGGAGAAGUUAUGUGGGACGCUUUCUCCAUCCCCGAACUGCGCAACUUCCUGCGGAUCCUUGAUAAGGAGGAGGAGGAGCAGAAGGAGGCGGUAAUUCGUCGCUAUGAAAACUACCGCCAGAGACUGCAGGAGGCGCUGAUGGAGGUCCAAGGGCCUUCUUAGAGGAUUUAACCUCCACAAAACAGGACUACUGCCCCCUAGAGGGACGGAGGAGGUGACAUAAUAUAUCUUUUCUCUUUACCUCGUCAGAGGAUAAAAAAUGGUGUAAAUUUCAACAGAGAGAGAGAGAGAUGUGAACACAGGAUGAGAAGAGAGUAUCCAGCGCCUGGAUGGAGGGAUGAUACCGAGAGAAAGAGGGAUGAUAAAAGAGGACAAGAGGACAGAAAAAACAAAGACAGGAAGUGAAGGACAAGUGAAUGAACAGAAAAAACUUGGACGUUCAAGACUUCAAACUGCUCCGUCUGCCUGCGGACACCAAAGAUUCACCAAACUGUGCCAUAUUCAUUCAUCCUCUCUCCCUCUCUCCGUCCAUCCCCUCUCCUUCUUCUUCUCUCACUCUGUCCUGCUGUCACAUAAUUUAUGCAGAUUUCUCUUUGUUUCCCCCCAGUUUUUACCCUUUGAUUUUGUGAAAGACUCAAGGCCAUAUGUUGAGUUAGAGUUUUAUUUAAUUUGUCUGUUUUAAAGGUCUGUACAUAUUUUUUCUUAAUUUAUAUGGGUGAAGCUUUUUAUUGUUAUUUUUUCUUUUAAAAACAAAAGUCUUAUUUUACUUUAUUCUACAGAGGUGAAGCAACAAUAUUGCUGACACAGACACAGAGAAUAGUUUAUCCAGACUUCUACCAGAGGUAAAUACACAAACAACAUGAGCAUCAGAUACCACUGGACAUAAAAUUCAUUCGUUUAAAAUCACAAACGGGCCCAGAAUCUGCAUCUAUAUUAUCAUCAUUAUCAUCUAUAUAGGUAUACCCUAAAAAGUAGAGACCAAGCUGGAAGUAAAUAAGUCUUUAGGGUUCACUAGAUUCCCUUGAAUUACCCUGAGAGUCGAGAAAUAUAUUUCCAAAGUGAGAGAGGAAUAAGUAGCUUGCAUGUAGGUAUGGAGCCUCAAGUGUGCCAAAGGAUUUUUUUUUCUUAUUUAAUUAUAAUCUGAACUAUGUUUUUUAAAUCAUGUUUUUACUGUAUUUGUUUUGCUUUUAGUAUUACAGAUAGAUGAUAAAUUAAGCAAUUAUAUUGUUGAGCUAUACUUAAAAACAGAUAAAUUAUAAACUAAUUAAUACAAUUUAUAUUUUUAAAAAGUUUUGUGAUUCCAUUUCCUAAUGUGACUGCCUUUUUAUAUUCCAUCUUAAAAAAUGUAUCCUGCUGUGACAUUUACAAUUUUAAUUUAAUGAGCAGACACAUUGAUCAGUGGGAUAACAAAACAAUUCCAUUAAUUUAUUAAUUGGCAAAUAUGUUAUUAUUCUUUUAUAUUAUUUUUUUUCUGAAGAAUCUUUUCAUCAUUCUUUUUUAAAAGGAUAUACGUAUCCCAUCCUCCAACAACAAAAAGUAUCUUUGAAGUGUAUAGGCACCAAAAUUUGGUACAUUUCUUAAAUUUUAUUUACUUUCAUGUAUACAAUAUAUAAGCUACAUUUAAAAAUAUCUUCAGAAAAUAUCUUGAUAUAUAUUUAAAUUUUUUGUUUGUAAUGCUUAAUUCUAUUGAAGAAUUAACCAAUUAGUAAUUUCUUUAUUAUUACUAUUAUUGGCACACUUAAGACUCCAUAGAAGGAGACCAGACACUGAAUGUUUUAGAUGAAGGUACAGAGAAAUAAACAGAGGUAAAUUUCAGUUUGUGACUGAGAACAGACUUUAAAACUCUUCAGCUGUCGAAAGUUUUAAUAGAAAGAAUAGAAUAAUGGUGGAGUCUCAGAUAGAAGCGUGUGAGCACAGGAAGUAGUUCAGUUUUGGUUGUAGCCUACAAAAAGUAUCUGUUAGUUUGUUAUGCAAAGUGAAGAUGAGGGUGAGAAUGAUAAUGAUGAACUGGUGGGAUUUAAAUCCUUUGUUUGCAUUUUCACAUCCACCAGUUGGAACAGACUUGACGUGAUUUGAAUAGACGUGACCCCUGACCUCUGACCCUUUUAUGGUCAGAGGGGAGGGAUGGAGUGAUGAUUGACUGGUUUCUGGAAGUUGACUGAGCGGCUUAGAGGAAGUAGAAAACAGACAUUAGACAGAGGAAGGAAGGAAAAAAACAGAAGAGGAUAAGUUUUGUUUGAGAAGCGGCCAGAGGAGCCAAUACAUGGGAAAGACUGUUGUAAAAAGCAACGUGACUUUAACCUUGAGGACAAUGACGGUAUUUUCCUCAAACCACAAGUCACCCUGAAUAACUGCAUGUUCAUUUUUUUCUGCAUUUAUGAAAGCUCCCAUAAUCCACUGCUGAGAGAAAAGGAGGCCUGUAAGUGCAGAUAGCUGCAGAGGACAGGGGAGGAAAAAUGGCUGCAUUGUCCUGCUGUGGUUCAUUUACAGCGGCUGUGUUUUUGUGCUCUUAUCUCAAGUUAAAAUGUGCAGCCUUGACCCUCCCUGUCAACCCAGGUUCAGCUUUUAUUCUGGUGGGUGAAAGGGAAAAAUAUUACAGAGGAAAAAUGAGGAAAAGAAGGUAGACAGUAGAGCAGAGGAAAUAACGUUUCAAAUGAAAAUGCAUCAGCAAGUGCAAAAAAGGGUACAUAAGUUAAAAAGUUAAAGCCUUUGAUGAUGCAAGUAAAUAGCUGCCUUAAAUAUAUAUGCAAUGUUUUCAUUAGCAUGUGUAAUUCAUCAUUUAUUGCUUGUUUUCAAUUUAGUUUUGUAGGAAAAUCUUUUUUUUCUUUUAGAAUCAGCAAGUAUUCUGGUAUUUAAGGAUAAAUAACAAAGACAAUCAUUUGGACAAACAAAAAACUACAAAUCAGAUUUUAUUAAAAACUGAUGUAAAACGCUUUGCUGUUUAAGCUGCAGGUACUGAAUGAAGUCAAGACUGACGGUGCUGUGGUUGAAUUUCUGUAGAAGACUGUUGUACAAUACCGCCGUCCAGUGGACAAACUCUGCAACUGUUCUCUUAUGUCUGUGUCAAACAUGUAUUCAUUAUCUUAUAGGUUUUAUUUUUAAUUUUUUUGUUAUAACCAAAGAUAUUUUUGUGGUGUUGCCUGGAGCAAAAAAAUAUAUAUUAGAGGCCUCUUCCCAGUGGAGGGAAAAACAUAUAUAGUCAAGAGUUUUAUUUAAAGGGGUUUUAACCCUGGUUUAUUCUGCUAUCAAACACUGGGUUAAAUCUGAGGAGGCAAAAAGAGGCCAUAAAGAUUUGAACUUCUUUUUUUUAAGCAAUUGAGUACCUGAUUGUGACAUAUUUUUGAGUUGCAUUAUGGAAAAUGUAGGAUCUCUCACAAGUACCCAAACUUUAAGGAAGUAGUAUAAUAACUAAGUGGAGUAUUUCUGGAUACUUAAUUUUGAAAUUUAAAUGCCACUAAAUUUAUAGCAUUGAACUAUUUAACUCUACAGUUGUUCAUUUGUAAAAACUAUAAAUAUUGAUUUUUUUAAAGGUUCACAAAUUCAGACAGAAAAUUCAAGUGAAUUAAUAACUAUUUAAAAACAUUCCGCCAUUAUUUUACAUAAAAGAGUAAUCCUCAAGUCAUUCAAUUAAAGUUGCUCAAACUAACCAAAUGUCAAGAUAAAAAUUCUAACUUCAUUUGUGGUUGAAAACUUGAAAUUAGGUUUUGGAUAGUUCAAAGAUUUUAAGAUAAAAUUCAGAUUACUUUGGCCACUUUUUGUUUCUGUAUAUUAUAAUUUAAGGUGAUACAAAAGUCUGCAUGGAACAGUUAAUGAAUCUUAAAGCCAUGUUGUUGUUUUUAGUGGAUCUCAUAAACAACUUUAGCUGUUUAAACACAUCAGACCAGACUAGUUGUAUCAAUUAUCUUUUUUUUUUUUGGGCACUUUAACUUUGAUUCAGGGAAGACGGGUUUUGAUUUUUAUUUUUCUCCUGCUUAAUCCGAAAACCACCGCCAUCACACUCUGUACUUUAUCUCAUCUACUUACACUAUCAUCUUAAUUUGAAAGAUGUUGUUAUAAUUAUGUUUUUUUCUGUUUUAACAAAUGGAAGUACAGUGUGACAGAAGUUCUUAUUUUAAAGCUCAUUUUAUUUUUUAUGUCUCAUACGAGCUUCCGUAUGAUUUGCUCUGUGUUAGCUGUAGACUGUGAAAUGUUUGGUUGACUCUCGACUGUUCGCAUGUGUUCCUGUUUGUCUCUUUGUACAUGCUUACUGUACACACUACUGGGCUGCUCAGCAUUAAAGCAUGCGAUAUUGUGUAUAAAACUGCAGCUGGACGCCAUUUUGGAAAGUAGCAUUCAGUUAUGAGAUCGGCGAAAACAAACCACUAUUUUUCAAACGGUGUCAGUUAGGCUUGUUGAUUAGUUUAUCUAUUAUGAAGCUUUUGGGCCAGUAGUGUUGAAGUAUGAAGAGUUGAUAUACAGUAUGAUACCUGUUAUGUAUUCAAGGAUCUGGCUUUAAGGCCGUUCAAUCGUAGUUGAAGUCAGAGAACACACAAAUUAAGCAUUUUAAUGAAAAAUUUUAAACCCUUUAAAAAUAUUUGAUAAGGUUAAGCUUUUCUUGCAUCCCAAAUUAUUUACAUAUUGUCAUUGUCAUGUAAAUUUUAAAUUAUUUGGUGUAAAAUGACAGUUGGAAUUAUACUCGAUAUAAUAUUUAUUUACUUGCUAUGUUUAUUUUUUUAAAUCACUUUAACGAAUUUUAAUUUCUUUCAAAUGUAUAAUUCUUGACCAUAUAAACAGUAGAAAACUACCACCAUUAGUAGCUGUCCUGGAGCUUUCAGUCAUAGUACACGCUCUUCAUCAGCAGAUGGAACUGUAAAUCUUCAGAUUUCCAUUUUUUUAAUCACUUUUAUGACUUGUCAUCUGUUUUGUCUGUAAAAGCUGAAGUUCAACAUUCACUCUUGACCUUGAAUCAGUGGUGGAGAAAACUAACUCUUUCCAUGUGAUGAUUUAACAAGACUGGAAGCUCCACUACAGCCACUAAAUGGACCUUGCGGUGAGACUGAUUGUGAGAUUGAUUUACUCGGGGUUAAAUUUCUGAUCAGUUUUUAGGGUCUCUCUCUUCAGCUUUUGUGUGAUCUGUGACUCUAGAUUGAACGGCCUCAGACUUAAAUGCCAAAGAUCCAUGUGUAGCUCUUCUGCUAUUUACUGAUUUUUAUUUUAUUUUCCAGCGAUAUUUUCUUUUGUUGUUCACACAGGGGACUAGAGAUAACACAGUAUAUGCUCUGUGAUUCAUCAGGUUUAUCUCACAUGAUGCUGUCCCUUGUAAGCAUCUGAAAAAUUCAGGGUCAUGGGUUUUAAUUUCAGUCCUGAGCUGCAAAAUCCAAAAUUAUUUUUACAAUCAAAGUGAGGAUGAAAGGUUUUAUAAAAAUUCCUCUAGUUUAAAUUCACUAAUCUGUCUCCUCAAGAUUAAAGUCAGAUGAAGUAUUUAUUGAAAGAUUUAGCUGAAUUUUGGCUUUUGAGCUCGGCCUGAAAUGUCCUGAUCUGUGGCCCAAGCUGUGCCUUCCUAAAACAGCAGCAGAAAAACAAACCUGCAGGAGAGACCAACCAAAGGUUUCAUCGGACGUUUUCUUUUUGUUGCUGGUUCUCUCUGUAGAUGAAUGGUGAACUGAGGCAGGUUUAUUUUUGUAGGUAUCUCGGAAUCAAAUGUGGCCUUUACUCGCACAAGAUGGGCCGCCUCUAUUAAAGCUGAAAUUAAAACUGAAAA